AUGGCCUCGACAGCUCUGGACUUCAGGGAGAUGAUGCGCAAGGAGCGGGAGCUUGCGAUGAAAAAGCUAGCAGCGACUCCCAGCUCGCCCAAAGCAAGACACAGGUACAUGUCGAAGCGGCGGACUCGGCUCGACCUCAAGCGCAACCAUCGCGUUUCUGCGGAAGGAGCAGAACGAGGAAUCGACGGUAUCUUCUACGUCCCCGGCUUUGUCACCGAGGAGGAAGGUAGGGGAUUGGAAUUAGCGGCUCGCAGUGGCGAUGGUGGUAGUGGCGGCGGCGGUGGUGGAGGAGAGUGGAAAGAUCUUUACAAGCGGCGCUUGCAGAUUCACGGGGGCACACCGCAUCCGUCCGGAAUGGUCGAAGAGGAGCUGCCGGCUUUUCUACAAGAAGUCUGCGACGCCUUGGUUGAGGCUGGAGUUUUUCCGGAGAGCUCUCCGCCCAACCAUGUGCUCCUGAAUGAAUACAGCGACGGACAGGGGAUAGGUCCUCACAAGGAUGGUCCGCUGUACGAAGGGCGGGUGGCAAUCCUGUCCCUCGGAAAGGAGGCGUUCUUGGACUUCUGGGGGUCGCUCGAAGAUGCCAAGGCAGACUGCGCCGACAUUGCAGCCGGUGCCACUAGUGGUCGUGCCAUAUGCGCCGUUCCUGUUUCGGGGCUGGCGGCGGGGGACGCUUUCACCAGCAGCUCUGAAGACAACAGCGUUUUCACCGAUGAAAGUGCAACUGAUGAUGCUGACGGCCGUGCCCACCAGAGACGGCGGGCGGCGAAGAGAGCGCUGGUAUCAGUGAAGUGCGAGCACUGCAGCCUAGUCGUGUUCGAGGGGAAGGCCUACCGUGAGGCUUGGCACGGCAUCGCGUCUACCGCCGGAAGCGGUGCGACGAUGUCAGCAACGGAAGCAGCACCACCUGCACGAACGGAGGCGGAGGUCGCGACAAGCGGUAACAUUAGUACGAUCGACGAUUGUGUUGCUGCUCCCCAGGGCGCAGAUGAGGUAGCGCCGAGCUUUAGCGGCACUGUGAAAGGCGGCGAUCUUGGUGGGGUCGGAGAAGCGGCCCAGAAACGGCUGAGUUUCACAAUACGGAGGGUGGCCCGCGUGGUACCGGCCGACUCGGUGAUGGAGCACUCGGAGGCGCGGAGCGAGAUGGAGAGGAGACGCCGCGGGUUCGAGCGCUCUGUUACGGAGACGGGAGGUGACGCUGGGACAUCCACUGCUGCUGCUGCUGCUGCUGCUGCCGCUGCUGGCAAGGGUUAGAACGCGUUGGCCCUAGCCAGCUGCUGCUGCAGCUGCGGCUGCUGUGUCGCGUUUCGGCUGCCUUCUGGCCACAGAUAAUUGCUUGUCAUGGGGCCAAGGUAUAGUUUCCUGCCAGGGCUAACUGCUGUUGGCUAGUUGGUUCCGGAUCGACUACCACGGUGCUGCGGUUCCUGCGAAAGGCUAGGGGUAGGGUUGAUAGAUUGCCGUGUGCCACGGCUGCCCACCCAAUUUAGGACUUGAUUUAUGUGCCGUUUUUUUCUUUGUACGAUAUGGCGUCACGAACGGAUAGAAAGGUAUUGCUGUGUACUACUGA